AUGACCCUGCAUACGGAGAAAGGUGGAAUAAGUAGAUCAGCAAGACGGUUCCUCUGGAAACUGAGCUACUUACAACGAAAAUGCAUAUUCUCUGUUCUUUCUGUUGGCAGAUUCCCUACUCACAUUGCCUUCAUAAUGGAUGGAAAUAGAAGAUAUGGAAAGCAGCGAAACCUUAAAGGGGGGGCAGGACACAAAGCUGGGUAUUUGGCCCUCAUGCUCAUGGUUAUUUACUGCUGUGAACUGGGGAUAAAAUAUAUAACAGCCUACGCCUUCAGCAUCGAUAAUUUCAAGCGUGGGCCUGAAGAAGUUCAAUAUAUCAUGGAUCUGAUGCUGGAGAAGAUCGAGCUAGAAUUAAGUAAAGAAGAUAGCUUAUUUAGCCGCUAUGGAGUCAGGGUUCAUUUCUCAGGGAACAUGGAACUCUUAAGCGACCCCAUUAAGGAUGCAGCCAAGAGACUGAUGGUGGCUACCGCCAACAACUCUAACAUUUUGCUCACAGUCUGCCUUGCCUACACUUCCAUGAAUGAAAUCCUACAUGCUAUUCAAGAAACUUAUCAGGAAAAGCUGGCACAGAUUCAACUUCAGGAGUCGAUUUCAGAAGGGAGGAUCAGCAUGUGUAAUCCGGAGCAGGGCGACCACGUUUUAAAGUUAGCAGAGAUUGAGAAGCACAUGUACAUGGCAAUUGCACCUGAUCCUGACAUUAUAAUUCGUACUUCCGGUGAAAAUCGGCUGAGUAAUUUCCUGCUGUGGCAAAGUGCAAAUAGCUGUUUGAUUUCUUUCUCUCAGCUUUGGCCUGGGAUUAGUUGUUGGCAUCUGGUUUGGGCGGUUUUGAACUUCCAGCGAAACCACUAUUAUUUGGAGAAGAAAAAAAAGAAGCAAAUAUGA